CCUGACCUGACCGUACCACUCCGUACACCAUUGACCGACCGACCGUAUUUGUCUCCGCCUCUCCCACGUCCCCUACUUACUAGAGGCUCCUUCCCUUCCUCUCUUCCUUCCUUCUCCGUUUGCAAUUUCCUUCCCAAUUUGUAAUUAACAGACGGAUAUCUUCUCUGGGCUUUUGCUGUGCACUCCUUCUCUCCCAGUCUCCUGGUCUCUCAUUAUCACUGGAUAGCCCACACACCCCUGAGCAAUCUCCGUCGUUGCUUUCCUCCUUUAAACAACAACCACAACCUGCCUCCUUCGCCCUCCAAUAGACUUUUACCCUUUUCACCUUCUCGCCGGCUUCCUCUCCCUCUCCCACUCCCACUGCAUCACUCCUUUCCUCUUCCUACCGCUCACUCGACCAACGAAGACGGACGCCCAUCACCGCAUAAGACGCAUACCGUAUCACCGCCUACUCUUGACCGCAUCCUCGGGCUCGCGGUUCCCGUCUGUUUCAACCAACGAGAUUCCAGUCUUGUGUUGGGUCGCUCGUUGUUUGCUUCCCAGCUGUGCCUCUGCAGCAAGCACGCUCCCACUACACAUCCCGGGAUCUUUCUAUGGUCCAGCCGCUCCUUGCUGCGCUUUUCGACCGCCCGACGACUGCUUGUGCAAACAUCCCUCGGCCGCACUGAGAACGGUGACGCUUGUCCUCGACCACUUGCAUUCACCUGCUGCGUUCCGCGCCACCCCAAGUCAACCUUUCCUUUCUAACACUAGCCACGCCUACACCACUCUUUUCUGACUUCACAGGCCUUACAUUUUGUCUCAACGCCGAUCUCGAGUGUGUAACCUUUGGAUUCGAACCCAGUUUCGGACAAUAUCAAGAUCCUUCUAGAGCGACUCGUAGAAUUCGACGACCCGGGAGGCAUUCGAGCAGGAAUCUUCACCUACCCAAACCAAUAACUUGAAUUUGAUCACGAUGGCGGGCGAACAGGGUGCUGGUGGCGGCAUAGAGAGCAACCGUCGGCAUUUAUCGACAUCAACCCGGGCCAGCGCCGACAACGAACCCAUCCAGGAGACCGAGCCCCAGACAGGCAAGCAGACGCAGCAAGAGGAGACAAAGACUCAGUUCCAGCAAUCGUCACAAGACUCCCCCAGAGGCUUCAACCCGCCUUCCAACACGUCAACACCGCCCACAGCGCCCAUGAUGGCGAGGGCGUCAUCCAACAGCUCGACUAUUUCUACCCCGAGCGCCCCAUCAGACAGCUACUUUGGAACUGUGCCUGAGGUCAAGGCACCUGCUCCCCGGAUCUCUCGCCCCAUCGAGCCUCCAGUGACCAAGGUGACCUUGAGCGAGCUCGACGUGUGUAAAAUAAUGCACAACCCCAAGUUACGCCACGAUAUCAACUUUGACCCCGAACUGCACUUCCGGCCUAAUCUGGAUGGCGACAAGGGCAAGCGGAAACAACACAAGGCCGAUCUGUUCUGGAACACUUUGCAGGAGCAGCUCGCUCAGUUUGUGAGGGAACCGGCGGUUUUCGUCGCUGCACACAGUCAGGAGGACGAUUGGUGUCUUCCUUCCCUGUUGAAGGCGGUUAAAGAAAUCAUACAGACUCUCGUGCCCCAAAGGGACAGAGUCUACCUGGACGAGGGACUCAACGUCGACUUGCUGAUGCAGCAGUUCUACAGAGGCAUUGCCGACUUGGAGAAGCUAGCCCUGUGGCUUUCUAAGGUGCUCAAGUCACAUUGCGCUCCGAUGCGCGACGAGUGGGUGGACCAGAUGUACUCCCAGCUGAGCAACGGCAACAGGACCAACAACGUGGACGAGCUCGUCAAGGGCAUGAAGAGCUUGCUUAGUGUGUUGGAGGCCAUGAAGCUCGACGUUGCGAACCACCAGAUUCGCUGUCUACGGCCCAUCCUCAUCGAGGGAACCAUUCCCUUCGAGCGGAAGUUCUUUGAGAAGAAGAUCCACGGCAACAAGCUGGACAUCACCCAGGCCAAUGCUUGGUAUAGGGAUGCUGAGCAGCGAUAUGCCGGUUCUGUGUCGCCGGUUGCCGCCCACUCUUUCGGCGACAUGUCGGUCUUCUUCGAGGCCAUCUCCCGUUUGAUCCUGCCGUCGGUCUCGGAAAAGGCACUGCCCAACACAUUCAUCUUUGAUGAGGAGAGGUUCAUCAAACUCCGCGCCGACAUGCAAGACGCCAUCAAUCUUGAAGUCUGCAUGCGCAUGUACGACGACCUGGAGAGAGUUGGUCGGUUCAAUGCUCCGCUCUUCGCCAGUUCCUUUCCUCAGUUCGACGAUGAACCCCGCAGCCGUCCUAUAUCCAUGACACCCGAUUUCAACUUCAACACGCCCCCUUCUCGCCCCUCGAGUCUGGCCUUUAGCUCCGGCGACUCUGCCACCUCAUCUCCGCGGUCAUCGCUUAUUUUCCCUCCCCAGCAGGGUUCUGAUCCCAUGGAGUCCCUGACCAAGGCCCGAGAUCUCUACAGCUCCCUCGUCGCGCUCCUCCACACCUCACCGCCGCCGCGCAGGCACGAGUCCCGCUGGGGAUCCAUCGCCCCUUCGAUGGCGCUUCAGAUCUUUCGCUUCACCAACGCCCCAGCCGAUAUGCUGUCGGUCUUCGAAUCCAAGCUUGCCUCCCACGUAUGCGACAUCAACAGCCCUCUAUUCCAGGAGGUCGAGCAGCACUUCCACCACAGGCUUCUCAUGGAACUCCAGAAGCGAGUCCGAGAGUACCGUGGUUUGACCGGAGUUGGUCUCUUCACUGUCGCUACCGGCGGCCGCGCUCACGGCUCCGGCCGGUCAUGGAGUGGCAGCCCGGAUCGUGAGAGCUCUGUUCCAGACAACAACCGGGAGUCCCGCGACGACGGCGGGAUCGAAGACAUGGCGACCCGCUUGGCCCAUCUUGGCAUCCUCCACUGGAGAGUAUUUGCCGGCCUUGCGUACACUGAGGACGAACAGGCCGACACUCUGAUGGAAAUGAACCAGUUCUAAGGCGUGCAACAGUCGGUUUCAAGACACCAGUUUUCAAUCAGGGCGAUGCUGGCAGCAAGACCAGCAAACCUGGUACGCCCAAGCAAGGAGGGCUUCUCUAUUAUCUCUGGCCGAACAACAAAUACCCCUUUUUACAGUAUUUUAAUCUUGCAUUUCUCGGCUUUUUUUUCCGCAAGACUCUUUUAGGUUAUGGGGGGUGGUAGCUCAUGGAACUUUAGACGGUGUUUGGGAAAUCAAAGCAUGAGGCUCGCGCUUUUCACCGCGUUGACUAGUUGGGUAGGCGUUGCAUGGAGAGGCGGUCACAUCCAGAUACAUAGCGCACGCUUAGUUGUUUUCCUCUUUUCUCUUUUUUGCAUUGCAGAGACAGAAAAUAAGAGUCCGAUUGCCA